GGGUAGUGCCUGGUGAACCAACAGCGAAGCGAGAUGUCUUUAUUUUUUAACUUUGUUCAUGGGUAUUAGCUUCUACCACUAGGUGGAGUUCUUGACGAGGAAGAGGACGACGGUUCUGUGCGUAUGGCGAACCAACGGACUCCCGGUUUCGGCGGCCCACAGCGACCAGAAGCUUCUCCAGGUGGUCUUGGAUUCUCCGCGCCACCACAAGGAUAUGGUCCGGCCAACCAGGGUGCCCUACCGGGUGCUCCACGUCCUGCCCAGGGGUUCGCACCUCUGGGAUCUUACCCAGGGGCUCACUUGCCCGGAGGUGCCUCUCCUCCACGCCCUCCAACAGGACCACCAUUUGGUUUCGCGCAGUACGCGCCACCGGGGGGCACACGCUCUCCGCGCUUGCCAUACGGAGAACCACCACCGGUUUUGGGACUGGGUUCGCGCCCGUCGGAGAAGGCAGCAUACGAACAAGGACGACAGUCUCCACAAGGAAGAGGAGUUCCGCAGGCACCGUUGGGUCUGAACGCGAGCCGCAGGCCGGGCUCCUACGAGACGAUCGUCGACGCUCCACGUGCAGACAGAGUUCCAUCCGGCAGCGAUCGCUCGUCUCCGAUCCCGACAUGGCAGAAUGCAAACCCGGGCCCCGGAAUCGGUCCACCAAUGCGACCCCAGCCACCAGGGGGAUGGGCAGCGGAUGGCGGUGCCAGACCUCUGGAUGCCUGUCGCGGCACGCUGCAACCUGGCUACCCUCCAUCGGAACGCGCGAGACCACCUUCUGGGUCAGCCGAUGGAGGAGCAAUGGCGCGAGCCUUGCAUCCAGCUGGGCUUGCACGCCCUCAGUCAACAAACACCUAUGUCGAACGCAGUGGACGUCCGCCUGGGCCCUCGUAUCCGCCGCCACCGAUUCUAGGGCCUCCGGGACUGCAGAGACCCUGCGCACCACCACUGGGACUUCCUGCCGGGCACUGCGAUAAUCCUGCUCAAAAUGACCUCCAAAUUGGAAGUGGCCAGCGAGGUUUUGCACAACCCUUUCCAGCUAGCGACGUAAGCGGUCCUAGCUCCAGUACCGCUUCAGCAGGGCGCUUCCCGCAAUUUGCGGGAGCUCGCGCUGCGCCAGCUGGGGCGUCACGAGCAGUCUCGGAAGAGAACCAGAUUGCAACUUUCAUCAACCCAAAAGGGGACAAAUCUCUUGAACGCGUCCGCUCCAAGUCGCGUCCUCCACUACGCAAAGCGAAAAGCAAAGAACUUCUCAAGGUGAUGGAGGAAUUCGAUGCCGUGCUGUUUGGUAAAGCCAGCGCCGGAACUGCAACACAACAGAAAAAAUGAAGGUAGAGGACGUGUGUGAGCUUCUACGUCUGGUUUCAUAAAUAACUACGAACAUGCAAAUACGAUGAAAAUUACUAGGAACAACAAUAAAUUGGUCGUGCAUAUA